UGGGCCUGCGCCACCUUGAAUGUAUGAGUGGCUCCGUGUCAUCUGCACCCUGCUGAAGCAGGCCUGGCCAUCUACUGCAGAUGGAGCCCCCUCAAGUGGGGCCCUGCGUGUCAGCUACUUGCUGGGAAAAUGAGAGACUCCAGAAGGAAAGGCGAGAACCUGGGACCUCCAGUUGUGUUCCUGUGAAGCCUGAGUCUAUCACUUUCCCAAAGAGUCACAGGACUCCCGUCCUCUCAGGAAAGAUGACCCAAACCACAGUGACUGUGAAUGGAGUCCAAGUGGCCUCCACACUUCCCCAGAACACUCACAUCAACAUCCAUAUCCAUCAAAAAUCAGCUUUGGAGCAGCUGUUGGAAGCUACUGGCUCCCUCAAGAAGUUUCUCUCCUGUCCUCAGGCCACUGGGUCCUCUAAGGCCAGCCUCUGCCAUGGGCAGCUGGGUCUAGGGGUGACCCAGAUACUGCUGGGGCUAGUGAGCUGUGUUUUUGGAGUGUGUAUCUACUUUGGGCCAUGGACUGAGCUGUGUGCCUCUGGCUGUGCCUUCUGGUCAGGCUCUGUGGCAAUUUUAGCUGGAGUUGGUACUAUUGUCCAUGAGAAGCGACAGGGAAAACUGUCUGGCCACGCAUCACGCCUGCUCCUCCUGGCCUGCAUGGCUACAGCUGUGUCUGCCACUGUUCUGGGUGUGAGAAGCUUAAUCUGGCAAAGCAGUGCUUCCUACCAUUUCAAGAUCAGUUCCGCGUGUGACUUCUUACAACCUGGCAGGGACAGUGAGUACGGAACAGUGAAAUUCAGUUAUGACUCGGACUGGAGAAUGGAGAGGUGCAGAGCAUACCUGAACGAGAUGAUGAACUUGUUCCUAGCAUUCUGCACCAUGCUCACAGUUGUCUGUAUCCUGAAUGUUGUUGUGUCUGUGGCUUCCCUGGCACUCAGUCUUCGGAGUAUGUGUGGCCGGAGUUCCCAGGCCCUGAAUGAGGAAGAGACAGAGAAGAAGCUUCUUGGGGGUGAUUCAACACCUCCAUCUCCCACCAAGGCAAAUAUCCCUGUCAUCCUGUGAGCUGCCUGAGCCCACAUGUGUCCCUGUCAGAAACAGGGAGGACAGCAACUGCUCCCAAGGCCUUUCCUGGUCCCACAGCACACAGCUACGUCUGAUGUAACCAUUAUCCAGCCCUCUUUCUCUUCCUCUCUUCCCACUGUCCUCACUCCAAUGUUCCUUGAUCCAUGCAUAGCUAUUGUGUCAUUUUACCCAAUGCUGAUAAAGCAGAAACAACCAGAGAAAAACCCUCUCACAGAAAGGUGUGGGCUCUUCCUUGAUACAGUUGGUGUGCUGGGAAAAGCCAUUCCUUGAGCUGGUGUGUGUGGAGACAGAAGAGUGCUGAUGGAGAAUGGUUGCAGACACAUGUUUCUGAUGUCACUGACACUCUCCUUCAGGACUCACCCCAUUCCACUGUGUAAAGUGAACACGAGUGCUUGGAACUGUCCCAGCCAUUGUUUAGUUUUCUUUCCCGAUGGUGUGAUAAAAUACUCUGGCAAAAAACAACGUACAGAGAAAGGGUUUAUCUUAUAAACCCAUCAUGGGUGUUUGGGUGGGGGGGGA